CUUUAGGUUUUGUUUUACACAGGGGAUCUUAUCUUAGGAACGUUUGGAACAUCAUGGAUUUUUUCGUUGUAGUAACUGGUAUCAUCACGCAGCUGCCGAUCGCGCCAGCCGACGUCGACUUCAGGACCUUGCGUGCCAUUAGGGUGCUGAGGCCCCUUAAAUUAGUAUCGGGCGUUCCUAGUCUGCAAGUGGUACUGAAGUCUAUUAUAAAGGCGAUGGCGCCGUUGCUGCAGAUCGGCCUCUUGGUGCUUUUCGCGAUAGUCAUCUUCGCUAUCAUCGGCCUCGAGUUCUACUCAGGGGCGCUGCAUAAGACUUGUUAUAAUUUAGAAGAUAUUAGUGAAAUAGUUAACGAAGGCGAUAGUGCAACACCGUGCAACGCGGACAACGCAAGUCUGGCGCCGUUUGGCGCGAACGUGUGUGAGUACGAGAAGAGCACGUGCUUAGAGAAGUGGGAGGGGCCGAACAGGGGCAUCACGUCCUUCGACAACAUCGGCUUCGCUAUGCUCACUGUCUUCCAGUGCAUCACCAUGGAGGGCUGGACCGCCAUCCUCUAUUGGACGAAUGACGCGCUAGGUAGUGCGUUCAACUGGAUUUACUUUGUGCCUCUCAUAGUAUUGGGCUCAUUCUUUAUGCUCAACUUAGUUCUCGGUGUUCUUAGCGGUGAGUUCGCUAAAGAAAGAGAGAAAGUAGAAAAUAGACAAGAAUUUCUUAAAUUAAGAAGACAGCAGCAACUCGAGAGAGAACUCAAUGGUUACGUUGAGUGGAUAUGUAAAGCAGAGGAAGUAAUAUUAGCAGAAGAAAGAACAACAGAAGAAGAAAAAAUGCACAUAAUAGAAGCACGGAGAAGAGCAGCGGCCAAAAAGAAGUUAAAAAACCUUGGUAAAAGUAAAAGCACAGACACAGAAGAAGAAGAACAAGAUGAAGACUGCGGUGAUGACGGUUUUCUGAAAAGUAAAGCCCGAUCAGCUGGGAAGUUUGCAAACUUCUGGAGAGCCGAAAAGAGGUUUCGGUUCUGGAUCAGGCACACUGUAAAGACCCAGUGGUUCUACUGGUUCGUCAUUGUCUUGGUGCUCUUCAACACGAUAUGCGUCGCUGUAGAGCAUUACAGACAACCCAAAUGGUUGACUUCAUUUUUAUACUAUGCCGAAUUUGUGUUCCUGGGGUUGUUUAUGAUGGAGAUGUGGGUGAAGAUGUACGCGUUAGGACCGCGGAUUUACUUCGAGUCCUCGUUCAACCGGUUCGACUGCGUGGUCAUAUCUGGCUCCAUCUUUGAGGUCGUCUGGUCAGAAGUCAAGGGUGGCUCCUUCGGUCUAUCUGUCUUGAGAGCUCUAAGACUGCUGAGGAUAUUCAAGGUCACCAAGUACUGGUCAUCGCUACGAAACCUGGUGAUAUCUCUCCUCAACUCAAUGAGAUCCAUCAUCUCACUGCUGUUCCUUCUCUUCUUGUUCAUUCUCAUCUUCGCGCUACUCGGCAUGCAACUGUUCGGAGGACAGUUUAACUUCGAGGAUGGCACACCACCGACCAACUUCAACACCUUUCCUAUUGCGUUGCUUACUGUCUUCCAGAUCCUAACAGGUGAAGAUUGGAACGAAGUGAUGUAUGAUGGCAUCCAGUCUCAGGGCGGCAUCCAGAGGGGCAUGAUCUACUCGCUGUAUUUUGUCAUCCUCGUCUUAUUUGGCAACUACACGCUGCUAAACGUGUUCCUUGCCAUCGCUGUCGACAACUUGGCUAAUGCCCAGGAAUUGACAGCGGCUGAAGAGGAACAAGUCGAGGAGGACAAGGAGAAACAGCUCCAAGAAUUGGAGAAAGAGAUGGGUGCAUUACACGCGGUGGACGGUUCUCCACCAGGAAUUCCGAUAAGUCCGACUACGCCGACGCAUAGGAAGAAUAAAAAGAAAGAAGAGGCCAAAAAAGAAGAUGAAGAUGAGGUACCAGAUGGACCAAAACCAAUGCUGCCAUAUUCGUCCAUGUUUAUUUUGUCACCUACUAAUCCAAUUAGGCGAGGCGCACACUGGGUUGUAAAUUUAAGAUAUUUUGAUUUUUUUAUCAUGGUAGUUAUAUGUAUGAGUUCUGCGGCUUUAGCGGCUGAAGACCCCGUAGUGGAAGAGAGUGACAGGAACAAGAUCCUGAACUACUUCGACUACGCGUUCACGGGCGUGUUCACCGUGGAGAUGUUGCUGAAGAUAGUGGACCUCGGCAUCCUGUUCCAUCCGGGCGCGUACUUGCGCGACCUGUGGAACAUCAUGGAUGCCGCUGUCGUCAUAUGCGCCCUUGUCAGCUUCGGAUUUGAGAUCGGAGGCGUGAAAAAGGGCGCAGGGCAGAACCUGUCCACAAUAAAAUCGUUAAGAGUGUUACGAGUGCUCAGACCUUUGAAAACUAUAAAACGAGUUCCAAAGUUAAAAGCAGUGUUUGACUGUGUUGUGAACUCUUUGAAAAAUGUCAUUAACAUUCUCAUUGUGUACAUAUUGUUUCAAUUCAUAUUCGCUGUAAUUGCAGUUCAACUUUUUAAUGGUAAAUUUUUUCACUGCAACGAUAUCAGUAAGAAUACUUUUGAAGACUGCCAAGGGUCGUAUUUCGUGUACGAGUCAAACAGCCUACUGCCGCGCGUCAGCCAGCGGACGUGGACAACGCAAUCCUUCCAUUACGACAAUGUCGCCGUGGCUAUGCUUACGCUGUUCGCGGUGCAGACCGGAGAGGGGUGGCCACAAGUAUUACAAAACUCGAUGGCCGCUACGUACGAAGACAGGGGACCCAUACAAAAUUUUCGAAUAGAAAUGUCCAUAUUUUAUAUAGUUUACUUCGUGGUGUUUCCUUUCUUCUUCGUUAACAUAUUCGUAGCUCUGAUUAUUAUUACAUUUCAAGAGCAGGGUGAAGCUGAAUUGCAGGAUGGUGAAAUAGAUAAGAAUCAGAAAUCGUGUAUAGACUUCACGAUAGAAGCGCGGCCUCUCGAAAGGUAUAUGCCAAGUAAAAGGGCGAGUUUUAAGUACAAAGUGUGGAGACUAGUCGUCUCUACGCCUUUCGAAUACUUAAUCAUGACCCUUAUCGUCCUCAACACAUUAUUGCUCAUGAUGAAGUACUAUAAUCAAAAUGACAUCUACGCGGAUGUCCUCAAGUAUUCGAAUAUGGGGUUUACUGGAAUGUUUUCUGUGGAAACGGUGUUGAAAAUCAUCGCUUAUGGUGUCAAAAAUUUUUUCAAAGACCCUUGGAAUACAUUCGAUUUCAUAACGGUCAUUGGAAGUAUUAUUGACGCCCUCAUUAUGGAGUUUGGCGAGAACACAUUCAACGUCGGUUUCCUCCGCCUGUUUCGAGCCGCGCGACUGAUCAAGCUGCUCCGACAGGGCUAUACCAUUCGGAUACUUCUCUGGACAUUCGUGCAGAGUUUCAAAGCCUUACCCUACGUGUGCCUUCUCAUCGCGAUGCUAUUCUUCAUCUACGCCAUCAUCGGGAUGCAGGUGUUUGGCAAUAUAGAAUUAACACCAGAGUCUGACAUGAACAGACACAACAAUUUUCGAAGCUUCAUUCAAGCACUCAUGCUACUAUUCAGAUGCGCGACGGGUGAGUCUUGGCCAAACAUAAUGUUGGCUUGCCGCAAACCCGCCAAGUGCGACAUAGCAGCAGGAAAGGCCUCCAACGAAGAAUGUGGAAGUACGCUCGCCUACGCCUACUUCGUAUCUUUUAUAUUCUUCUGUUCGUUUCUUAUGUUGAAUUUGUUCGUUGCCGUUAUUAUGGAUAACUUUGACUACUUAACGAGGGACUCGUCCAUCCUCGGAGCACAUCAUCUUGAUGAAUUUGUUAGAAUAUGGGCAGAAUAUGAUCCAAACGCCACGGGUAAGAUCCAUUACACAGAAAUGUAUGAUAUGUUGAAGAAUAUGGAUCCACCUCUGGGGUUUGGUAACAAAUGUCCAAAUAGACUAGCAUAUAAGAAGCUUAUUAGAAUGAAUAUGCCGCUAGACGACGAGGGGAAAGUUAAUUUUACAACAACACUAUUUGCCUUAAUACGAGAAAAUUUAAACAUCAAGAUGAGAUCUCCUGACGAAAUGGACCAAGCAGAUGAGGAAUUAAGGGAAACAAUAACCCACAUAUGGCCAUUACAAGCGAAGAAGAUGCUAGACUUGCUGGUGCCUCGAAACGAUGUACUCAACGCUGGGAAACUGACAGUUGGGAAGAUAUACGCUGGACUACUGAUCCUCGAGAGCUGGAGAUCGACAAGGUUCAAGCAGAACGGUGUUCCGAAGGCGUCACUGUUUAACUGCUUGAUGGACGUGGCGGCGGGGCUGGGCCCUGGCUCGCGGGCCGGCUCGCUCAGCCAUGAAGGGCCCGUCAACGCUGAUGGACAUCCGGAAGACCCGCAUCUGCUGGCCAACCUCGCCAGGCGCGGCAACAGAAAGUCGCUCAAGAACAAUAAAAAGGUAUUGGAGCUGCAAGGAUCGCACCACGCCUCAAUGGAGUCGUUGGACGAGGGGCGGUUACAAGCACCUCACACGUACCAGAACGGCCACCACGGAAGAUCUUCGAGUUUAAGUGUCAUCGAAGAAGAAUCCAUUGAUCUCAAAGUUAUCGUAGUGAACAAUGACGGACACCAAGUCCAAGAAGACGAGGCCACUACGGAGGUUAUCAUCACGAUAUUGGAUUCUCCGACACCGUCAGCAACGUCGUCGAGAUAGUAAAGCACGAACAUCAAAGACACGGGCGAACGCAUAGAGCGCCCCACUACUACCACCCGCAUGGCCGCUCAUAUUUCUUAGAUCUCGAACUUGUUGUUGACUCGAGUAUAGAACACCAAAUGAUUCAGAGAGCAGUUUGGGCCCCGAUAGGUGAACGGGAUCGGGAGCGGGACCGCGAGUGGCGGGAGUGGCGCGACCGGUCGUGGGAGCGCGAGGGCGCGCGGCGCGGCCGCGGCCGGCAGCUCCCUCCCACGCCCACCAAGCCGUCCACGCUACAGGUCAAGCAGCAGCCACCCUUCACCAGAAUCAGCCACAGCCCCUCGCACUUAUCACUAAGGCACACAGUCAGAGAACCGUUAGAGCCUCAACACGAUGAGUACGAGUACGGCCGAGAAGUUGAAAGACUGAUACACCGAGAUUAUAGAUCUAGAGAAAG